CGAUUCGUGUCCAUUCCACAGACCUGUUCUAUUUAGCGAGAAGUCACGGUUCCUUCAGACUGAUAUAUAGCGCGGUUCCAUUCAAGUGCUGGCCAGCGUAAUCUGCACCAUUCAGGUCCAACGUUUGUGUGACGGUAGUGAUUCUUCCUGCUCUAGCACAAGAAUAAGUCGGUGGACAACAUGAGCAUCCAGUGGACCCUCAUAGCCGGCUUCUUGUACACGGAAAUAGCUGUAGUAUUGCUCUUGCUUCUUCCAUUUAUAUCUGCACGACGAUGGAACAGCAUCUUCAAGUCACGCUUCCUUCAGGCCAUUGAAGGGCAAUCCUUCUUCUACUUCUGUGUGUUCAUGGUGGUUCUAACAUUGUGUUUCUUGGAUGCCAUCCGUGAGAUGGCCAAGUACGGCGACGCGCCCGACGAGGCCGGCCACGCCUCGCGCGACCACCUGGACGCCGAGCUGCAGAAGCACAUGAAGCUGUUCCGCGCGCAGCGCAACUUCUUCAUCGCGGGCUUCGCCCUCUACCUGUUCCUGGUGUUGCGCCGUCUGAUCACGCUCAUCUCGAAGCAGGCGGCCCUGGAGGCGAGCAACGAGGCGGCGAUGCGACAGGCGGUCAGCGCCUCCAACGCUGCCAAGAAGCUGAUGGAGGGCAAGGAGAUCAGCGCCGGCGGCGACAAGGAGACGAAGGAGCUGAAGAAGAAGCUGUCCGAGGCGGAGAAGGAGCGCGAUUCGGCGCUGAAGAAGGCCGAGGCGCUGCAGUGCCAGGCCGAGGCCACCAGCCGCGAGUACGACCGGCUCAUGGAGGAGCACGCGCAGCUCCAGAAGCAGACGGCCGCCGGUGAUAAGAAGGACGACUGAGCGGCGGCGAACGCCGGCCCGGUCUAGCCGCCUGUUGGCUCUCUCUGCGGGCAGCUAUGCGAGGGUGCCGGCCGGUAUCGGGGCACUGUGUGUACGAUUUUGGUAAAGGACGGAUUGUUAAUUUUGCUGUGUUGAAUGGACAGGCGGUUGUGCAUAGCCAAACCUAUUGUAGACGUGCGACGCCGAGUCCCAAACCCAGUUGUCGGUAGUCGUGUGGCGCUUAAGCGGGGAGGGCUAAAUCGGGCAUAAUGAUGUCUAGAUAAUGCUGCAUCAUAAUUCAGAGGAACAUUUAACUAGUGUCCGGCCGUGACGCAGAUCCGUAUGUUCCCGCAGUCAACUCCAGUGGACCCAACGGCUGUCAGAAUUUCUCAGAGUUUCGUUCCGAGCACAAUGAUGCCAUCCCAGAUUGUGCCACUUGAUCCCAAUGUCGCUUGACCGAGGUCGCCGGCCAAGUGGGCUGGCGCCUCGCAGUCCGCGUGCUGUUGUCCUCUGGUAUUUCCCGUCCUCCAGACGGGGGAAUGGUGCCCGGUCGGGGUGUCGCGCCGCUGAUCGGUAAAUGGCUAUCUGGCGGCAGCCAGCGGCACCGCCGCGCUUUGCGAAGAUCACAACACUGUGACGUGCUGACGUUCAAAGUAUUCCCGUGUAUUCAUCGUGCUUUCCCUGGGGUUGAGGCUUGUACAUUCUCCCGCUAUCGUUGGAUUUUAUAAGGAAGGGCAGACGCUUAUGGGCAUGCGAUGUCGCCAUGAUAGCGUUGCAGACGUAUCGUAAUAAAACGAGAACAGAGGUCUC